CAAGCCCAUUACAUGCCCUUAGGUCAUAACAAGUUGUGUUCAGAAAAGGAAGGAAAUGGACGAGGCAUUGCUAGGUAGAAAAGAUCAGGAAGAAAAAUGGAAGAUAACAUGGAGUGGCUUUGCAGAGGAGCUAAGGAAGGUGAGCUACAUGGCGGUGCCGAUGGUGGCAGUGACGGUGUCGCAGUACCUUUUGCAGGUCAUAUCGGUGAUGAUAGUUGGACACCUGGGGGAGCUACCUCUUUCCGGGAUUGCCCUAGGUUUCUCCUUCUGUACUGUCACUGGCUUCAGCUUUGUUUUUGGAAUUGCUGGUGCAUUGGAAACUCUAUGUGGGCAAGCUUAUGGAGCUCAACAAUAUCAAAAGCUUGGAACUUACACCUAUUGUUCAAUGAUUUCUCUCAUUCUAGUUUGUAUUCCGAUAUGCUUGGUUUGGAUAUUCAUGGACAAGCUGUUAAUAUUGAUGGGUCAGGACCCUGAGAUUGCAAUGGAAGCUGGCAAAUAUGCAAUCUGGCUCAUACCUGCAUUACUUGCCUACCCACUUCUUCAAUCUUUAAUUCGGUAUUUCCAAUGUCAGAGCUUGAUUCUUCCCAUGUUCUUGAGCUCUUGUGCAGCUCUAUGUCUCCAUAUACCUCUCUGCUGGACUCUAGUAUACAAAACAGAAUUAGGACUUGUUGGGGCGGCUUUAUCAACCGGAUUAGUUCUCUGGUUUAAUGUGAUAUUGCUUGGAAUUUACAUGAGGUACUCUUCAUCAUGUGAGAAAUCCCGUGCUAUCAACUUCAACAACAUUUUCUUAUGCAUCAAAGAGUUCUUUCGCUAUGGACUCCCAUCUACUGUAAUGGUUUGUCUCGAAUGGUGGUCAUUCGAGCUACUUAUACUGUUGUCAGGACUUUUACCGGAUUCAGAGCUUGAGACAUCGGUUCUGUCGAUAUGCAUUACAAUCACUUCAUUACACUACUUCGUACCAUAUGGGGUCAGUGCUGCUGCAAGCACUCGAGUUUCAAAUGAAUUAGGAGCUGGAAAUCCACAAGCAGCUCGACUAUCUGUAAUCGUUGCAAUGAUAAUUGCAGUUAUAGAGCCAAUCAUGGUGGCAAUUGCGCUCUUUUCUUGCCGCCACGUUCUUGGAUGCUUAUUUAGCGAUGAAAAGGAAGUUGUCAAUUAUAUUGCAGAAAUGAUUCCACUACUUUGCAUUUCAGUAUUUAUGGACAGCAUACAGGCAGUACUUUCUGGUGUUGCUAGAGGAACUGGGUGGCAGAAAAUUGGAGCCUAUGUGAAUCUUGGGGCAUAUUACCUUGUAGGAAUUCCAGUAGCUGCUGCGCUUUGUUUUGCUCUAAAUUUGAGAGGGAAGGGGCUUUGGAUUGGAAUAUUGUCAGGUUCUACUGUUCAAGCAUCGCUCCUUGCCAUCAUUACUGCCUUCACAAAUUGGCGAAAACAGGCAAGCAAUGCGAGGGAAAGAAUGUUUGAGAGGCUAAUCACAGCAGACGAUGAAUCAGCUUGAAGAUGCCCAAGAAGAAGGAAAGAAAAGGCAAUGAGUUCUGAUUUUUUGCAUUUGGAUUUGCGGCAUUAGCUCUCUCAGUGCAUAUAAUAACAAAAUAUAUUUUAAUUGUCAACUAUAAUGUUUCUCUUUUCUUUUACUG